AUGGCCACGCCCGUGCGCUGCGGAGAGCUGCUGUGCCAGCGCGACUCCUACGCCCGCGCCGUCAGCACCGUCGUCGUCUCGUGCGAGCCGCGAGCGGCUGCUGCUGCUGCCGCGCCCGGCAAGGGGAAGAAGGGCAAGGGUGCUGCUGUGCCGCCGCCGCCGCUCCCAGAGUGGGAGGUCGUCCUCGGCGACACGGUGCUGUUUCCGGAGGGCGGCGGCCAGCCGAGCGAUGCUGGUACUGUGGGCGGCGUGCAGUGCUCACGAGUCGACAACGUGGACGGCCUCGCGCGCCACGUGCUCUCGGCGCCGCUGGAGCCCGGCACUGCGGUCGACGUCGUCCUCGACUGGCCGCGGCGCGAAGACAACAUGGCGCAGCACUCUGCGCAGCACCUGCUGACCGCGAUAGCGCUACGGAAGUGGGGCUACGACACGACCUCGUGGGGCCUCGGGGACGCGACCUCGUUCCUCGAGCUCGGCACACCCGAGUUCACGCCGCUGAUGAUGGCGGAGCUAGAGGCGGAGGCAAACGAGGCGGCGGUCAAGGCUGGCACGGCGGCCACGCCCUCGUGGCACUCUGUCGCGAGAGCGGUCGCCCCCUCGUGGCACUCCGUCGCCGACGUCAACGAGGGCCGCGUGCCGGGGCUGCGAAAGCCCGUGCGGGUCAUCACGUACGACGGCCUCGACACGAAUACCUGCUGCGGCACGCACGUCCACUCCACCGCCCGCCUGCAGGCCUGCCGCGAGCGGGCCUUGCACGUCCACCGCCCCGCCGCCGACGCGGAUUUCGUCAAGGCUCUCGCGGCGUCGCUCGACGAGGCGCUGGCCGAGGCGCAGGGGCUGCUCCUCGCCUAG